AUGGCUCUUGUAGGCUACUCAGAUAGCGAGGGCUCCGACUCAGAGACAUCGAAUGUCGCCCCUGUACCCGCUGCCACAAAGCCCACGGCAAAGAAAGGAAACUUCCAAAAACUAGUCGAUCCAUCUGCGCCACGCAAAAUCAAGGUCGACCUUCCGACAAUACAGCCAGACGUCGAAGCAGAAGCUCCCCCGGCAAAGAAGGCCCGUACCGCUGGAAAGUUUGGCGGUUUCAACUCUUUCCUGCCCGCUCCCAAACGCGCCGCCGAUGCCAANAAAGGUCUUGGAUCUGGUGUAAAUCUGAAGACUGGCGCCGAGCCUGCCUUCAGCAGAGAAAGAGUAGAACCCGACCCCUCGGCUUUUGCGCCGGCCGCUAUGGGUGUGGAGACCAAGGACGAUGCAGACACAUCAUUACCAGCACCCUUCCAGGAUGAAGCCCCGAAAGAGAUCAAAUCAGUAGGCAACGCUAUGAAGUUCAAACCUCUGUCUGUUGCGAGAAAGAAGGCUUCCAAGCAGAACAUUAUGCCCAAUUCUAUUGCCGCCGCACCAUCACCAGUCGCCCAAGCCAUCACAGAGCCUCCAAAAGCCACUCCAAAUCCAAAGGUCUCCCUGUUCUCAGUCACCCAGGACGACAACACAACUAUAUCAAAUACCCCAGUGGCAGACUAUCAGCCCUUGCUCGCUGAGCCAGCAGCACCAGCUACCGAGACAUUCGACUCGACAAUGGCCGCAGCGCCCGUACACUCAGACCCUAAUUCACUCACUGCCAUUGCCGACGAUCUAGGCCUAUCAGCUGGAGAGCGUAGAAGAUUGUUCGGUCGCAACAAGGAUGCCGCUGCCUUUGCCAAUGUCACACAUCUCAACAUGGAGGAAGAAUACAACAACAACGAGCAACUCCGCGUCCAAGGCCAAGCUGUCGAACACCGAGCCGUCAAGGCCGUUGCUCCCGGAAAACACAGCUUGCAACAACUCGUCAACUCGGCCGCCACCCAAAAAGAGGCCUUGGAAGAUGCUUGGGCUCAAGGCCGUAGGAACAAAGCCGAGGCCGGUAGCCAUUAUGGCUUUUGA